AUGUUACGAGUUUUGCGAACUUCUCGAUUAAUUCGAGCAGCAACUUCGAGAGCUAUUUGUGUAACACAAAAUGAGGCAAGGAAACCGCGAGUUUUGGAAAAUCAAAAGAGAUGGUUCGCAUCGGAAGCACAGAAGCAUGAAUUCCAAGCGGAGACCAAAAAUCUGAUGGAUAUUGUCGCGAAAUCACUUUAUUCACACAGCGAGGUUUGUGAUUUUUGCGGAGAGGAGAUUGCGAGUUUGAAAAUUUGACCGGGCUUUGUUUUUUUUCCAAAAUUUCGCGGGAAAUUUGAAUUUUUCUAUUUCGCGCCUUGGAAAAUUUGGUGGGAAAUUUGAAAUGUUGAAAAUCCGGCCAGGUCUGUGAUGUUCCGUUUUUUCUCAUGGAACCCACAAAUCUCUUAAUUCCGAAACAGAUUCACAUGUUUUUUAAAUUAAAAAAAAUUUUGCUGACCUUCAUUUUAAACGUGGACUGUUUGAGUUGGAAUUCUUAUUUUUUUUUCCCAAAAAUUUUUUUUCUCUCAUUUCCAGAGAAAUUUUCUUCAAAAGUAACCUGAUAAUUAAAGGUAAUUCAAUUCCUGAAAAUUUCCUGUCCAAAACAUUUAUUUAUUUUCUCAAAAAUAAAUAAUCGAUAAUUUUUAGUGCAACGUUAUCAUAAAAAUAAAAAUUGUCUCUGGGAAAAUUUGGAAUUUUCUUCAAAAAAAAUUAACAUUUUCAGGUUUUUGUCCGCGAAUUGAUCUCAAAUGCAUCGGAUGCUUUGGAAAAACGAAGAUAUGCUGAAUUGAAAGGAGAUGUUGCUGAAGGACCAUCUGAAAUUCGAAUUGUCACUAAUAAGGUAGAUAAGAGGAAUUUAUGAAGAAAAAUAGAAAAUGUUGGGAUUUCAGGAUAAUCGAACAAUUACAUUUGAAGAUACUGGAAUUGGAAUGAAUCGAGAGGAUUUGGUGAAAUUUCUUGGAACAAUUGCCAAAUCUGGAUCCAAGGAUUUUAUUGAGAAUGUAGGAAUUUUAGAGAAAACGGGGCACGAUUUUCUAAAAAUGGACAACCCUAUUUUCAGCAGGAAUUUUUUCCCAAGACAAAAAAUUCCCUCCCAAUUUUCUAUGCCUCUCCCCUUCAUCGUUUUUUUCCAGAACAAGGAAAAUGCUGAAGCUGUAAUCGGACAAUUUGGUGUUGGUUUCUAUUCGGCUUUCAUGGUGGCUGAUUCAGUUGUUGUUCGAACUCGAAAAGUUGGAAGUUCGGAUUCGGAUGGAUUGCAAUGGACUUGGAAUGGGUAAGCUUUUAACUGAUGUUUCACUCAAAAAUAUCUUUUUUUUUGUUUUUCAGUGAUAAUACAUAUGAAAUUGCUGAGACUUCUGGUCUUCCAACUGGAACAAGUAUUGAAAUUCGAUUGAAAGUUGGAGAUUCGGCGAGUUAUGCAGAAGAAGAGCGAAUCAAAGAGGUCAUCAACAAAUAUUCAUAUUUCGUUUCGGCGCCAAUUUUGGUGAAUGGCGAAAGAGUCAAUAAUUUGAACGCGAUUUGGACGAUGCAAGCGAGAGAAGUCAACAAGGAAAUGCAUGAGAACUUUUUCAAACAACUUGUCAAAACGCAAGGAAAAUCGGAUAUUUUUCAAACUCCUCAAUACACUAUUCAUUUUCAAGUAAGAUUUAUUUCAAUAUUCUUUGAAUUUUUUUGAAAUUCAAGAAGAUGUUUUUCAGACUGAUACACCAAUCUCAUUGCGAUCUGUGAUUUAUAUUCCUCAAUCGCAAUUCAAUCAAUUAUCAUUUAUGGCUCAGCAAAAAAAUGUGUGGAUUGUCUUUGUAUGCGAGAAGAGUUUUGAUUAAACCAGAUGCACAAGAACUCAUUCCAAAGUGGGUUUUUUUCGAGAAGCGAGUGUUAACCGCAGGAAGCGAAAAUUAAGCUGGAAAACCACGUGGCACAAUUUUGAGCUCAAAAAUCUACGUGGUAACUAUUUGAGUGAGCUCAAAAAUUCACGUGGCACAGUUUGAGCUCGAAAAUCUACGUGGCACAGUUCUCAGCUCAUAAAUCCACGUGGCAAAAUUUUCAGCUUAAAAACAUCCAUGCAGCAAAAUUUUAGCUCUAGGCUCUCAUAAUUUCAGCUAUCUUCGUUUUGUCAUUGGAGUCGUCGAUUCAGAAGAUAUUCCAUUGAAUUUGAGUCGAGAAAUGCUACAAAACAACCCGGUCCUACGUAA